AUGGCGGCCGUCGGGGCUUCGGGAGGCUCAACCGCGACAACGGGGGCGGCGGCGGCUUCGUCGUCGUCGUCUUCCUCCACGGCGACGCCCACGGCCUCCUCAGCCGCCGCCGCGUCGUCCUCCGCGGCAGCCGCAGCGGCCUCGUCGUCGUCGUCGGCCUCCGCGGCGGCGCCUCAGCCUCCGGCGUCGCAGCCGGCGGGGGGAAGCAGCGGGUCGGCGCAGCAGGCGGGCGGCUCCGGCGGGGCUGAGGCGACGACGGGGGCCGGCGGCAACGGCUCCGCGGGCUCGUCGUCGUCGUCGUCGUCCUCCGGGGGCGGCGGCGGCGCUUCGGGGGCCUCCCCGGGCGCCUCGGAGUCGUGGUACGUGGCGCUGCUGGGCUUGGCCGAGCACUUCCGCACGUCCAGCCCGCCCAAAGUGCGCCUCUGCGUCCACUGCCUGCAGGCCGUGCUGCCCCGCAAGCCCCCGGCCCGCGUCGAGGCCCGCACCCACCUCCAGCUCGGCUCCGUCCUCUACCACCACACGCGCAACGGGGAGCAGGCCCGAGGGCACCUCGAGAAGGCGUGGCUGAUAUCACAGCAAAUUCCGCAGUUUGAGGAUGUCAAAUUUGAAGCUGCCAGCCUCUUGUCUGAGCUCUAUUGUCAAGAGAACUCUGUGGAUACAGCCAAGCCGCUGUUGCGUAAAGCCAUCCAGAUCUCGCAGCAGACUCCAUACUGGCACUGCCGCCUCCUAUUCCAGCUUGCGCAACUCCACACGCUUGAAAAGGAUUUGGUGUCCGCCUGUGACCUUCUGGGGGUUGGAGCCGAAUAUGCCCGUGUGGUGGGGUCGGAAUACACAAGGGCGUUGUUUCUGCUAAGUAAAGGCAUGCUGCUCCUCAUGGAGAGGAAGCUGCAAGAGGUGCACCCGCUGCUCACGCUUUGUGGGCAGAUAGUUGACAAUUGGCAGGGAAACCCCAUCCAGAAGGAGUCGUUGCGGGUGUUCUUCCUGGUGCUACAGGUGACGCAUUACCUGGACGCUGGUCAGGUGAAGAGUGUCAAGCCCUGCCUGAAGCAGCUUCAGCAGUGUAUCCAGACUAUCUCGACCCUCCACGACGACGAGAUCCUGCCCAGCAACCCUGCUGACCUCUUCCAUUGGCUGCCCAAGGAGCACAUGUGUGUGCUGGUGUACCUGGUCACCGUUAUGCACUCCAUGCAGGCCGGAUACUUGGAGAAGGCUCAGAAAUACACCGACAAAGCACUGAUGCAGCUGGAAAAGCUCAAAAUGCUGGAUUGCAGUCCCAUCCUGUCGUCAUUCCAAGUGAUCUUGUUGGAGCACAUCAUCAUGUGUCGUCUGGUCACGGGGCACAAAGCCACAGCCCUGCAGGAGAUCUCGCAGGUUUGCCAGCUCUGUCAGCAGUCUCCUCGGCUCUUUUCGAACCACGCUGCUCAGCUACACACCCUUCUGGGGUUGUAUUGCAUUUCUGUGAACUGCAUGGACAACGCAGAAGCACAGUUCACCACAGCACUCCGGCUCACCACCCAUCAGGAGUUAUGGGCUUUCAUCGUGACAAACCUAGCAAGCGUCUACAUCCGGGAGGGGAACCGGCAUCAAGACCUUUACGGUUUAUUGGAAAGGAUAAACCCAGAUCACAACUUCCCUGUGAGCUCCCAUUGCCUGCGAGCGGCCGCCUUCUACAUCCGAGGACUCUUCUCCUUCUUCCAAGGGCGGUACAACGAAGCCAAGCGUUUUUUGAGAGAGACGCUGAAAAUGUCAAAUGCGGAAGACCUGAAUCGACUCACGGCAUGUUCCCUUGUUCUCCUGGGCCAUAUCUUCUAUGUAUUAGGGAAUCACAGGGAGAGUAACAACAUGGUGGUCCCGGCCAUGCAGCUGGCCAGCAAAAUCCCGGACAUGUCGGUGCAGCUGUGGUCGUCGGCUCUCUUGAGAGACCUGAACAAAGCGUGUGGGAACGCCAUUGACGCUCAUGAAGCCGCGCAAAUGCACCAGAACUUCUCUCAGCAGUUGCUCCAGGACCACAUUGAGGCCUGUAGCCUCCCAGAGCACAACCUUAUCACGUGGACGGACGGGCCCCCACCUGUACAGUUCCAGGCGCAGAACGGACCCACCACCAGCCUGGCCAGCCUGCUGUGAAAGCGUGUGGCACGUGCACUUCGCUCAGAAGGACGCCGGAAACUCUUUUCUUACGCCGAACUCUUUUUAUCGAAAGGACGGGGCUUGCAGGUUCCUCCCCUGGCCUCGCGCGAGUUGCAUGGGGGGCACAUUUCACAGACCCCGCAGGGCAGCACAGCCGUACUUGGCUCCUCCGUAAGGCUUCUGUCCGUGUGCGCGUCGCCGGGGUUGCAGGGGCGCGUGUGCGCAGACACGCGCGGUGUUGUGAGAGACGGCUGUCGCGUGUCCCCCUUCCUGUUUCUCAGAAUUAGGUUUGACGUUAUUCAAACGGACAGAUGCUCCUUCAACUUAGCUGAAUCUUGGUGAUUUUUUAAAGAUGGAAAGAUGAUUGAUAAAAGCAGAGUGGGAUGGGGAGACUGAAGACCCGAUUUACCACCUCGGCCCACUAAAACUGUCCCUGAAAAUGCCACCCCUUCCUUGCAUUUUAACCGGUGCUCUAUUGUCACUUGUAUACCUGGAGCUGCUUGAUUUGUCUUUAAUGGCAUCUGCUCAGAGUUGGUGCAUUAGCCGCUGGCCAGCCCAGACUGCGUCCUCUCACAAAGAUUUGCCGCCUCCUUUGGCCCAGCGGAUGGCGCAAAGAAUGGAAAGCGUAUUUUUUUAAAAAAGAAAGUGCUUGCUUGCUUCUUUUGUGGCGGAACAAGUUUCUAGUCCUUAAAGGCUGCCAAGAGAUGCUGGAAAGUAUGUGAGCAGUGCCUUCCGAGAUCCAAACAAGCGUUCCAGGCGUCGGGGUCAGGACUUCACUCUCUUUCCCCCCACUCCCCCGCCCCGACUAGCAAAAUGUAACAAAUUAUGCAAAAUAGAUUAGUAUGCAAAACAAGCCAUUAUGCAAAUACGUUAGGUUUGCGUAACUUAUUCCCGUUGCAGAACCCAACUUUUCCUGGUGCGGAAUUCAUUCGCCGCUUUCGUUUCCGGGGCCAGGACGCCGCCUGCUUUUAGCGUGGGCCAUCCUGUCACCCGAUGAGCGAUUUCCUCUUAAUCAUAGUUGUUUUUAUUGAGAAAACUUAACCGUCCCAGAAUUACGGCCGGCCGCAUCAAAUCAUGCUCUUCCCUGAGGUGGUUUUAUUCUCCUGCCCCUCUCGAAACCUUCCGCAAUGUCGCAGAUGUCCUGCUAAGCUUCUGGAGGGAGUUGAUGAUGUAUUUAAAAAACCCGGUCCCGUUAGAAAGUUGCUUGGAGUGUGAAGAACCGGGUGAGGCCAGAACCCUUCGCUUACCACAUUUGGUAUUGCUGAAUUUGGGUUGCCCCUUCCUUCCUUGGGAAUAGAUGGCCCCUACUUAGUGCUGAUUCACAAAAGACGGGGGUACCGCCCUCCGAGAAGCCCCCCCCCCCCAAAAUGUUUGCUGGCUCGUUUAGACUCUUUAUCUUCCCUUUCGGGAAGAGAUGAAACACAUGAGUAACUUUGGUUUCCUGUCCUGUCCUGAGCCGCCUGGGAUCCAUCUUGUCCUUGAGUUCUCAUGGGGGUGUGUGUGUGAGGAAGAGAUGUGCCAGUGCGGUGGGACGCCCCGACCCAUUCUACACACCCCUUAGAAUUGAAGCGUGCAUAAUGCAAAGGUGGACGUCUCCUGUAUGCUUAGGCAGAAGGAGUGGGUGUCAUUCUCCGGAUCAACCUUCCCCAAACUCUGGCGUCCUCCAGAUGCGUGGGUCGACAGGCCUGUUGACUGGGGAUGAUGGGAAUGGUAGUCCAAUGCACCUGGAAGCCGCUAGGCUGGGGAAAGGCCAUUCCACAGAGCAAGUGCUUCGGGGAUUCUCCUCAAACCCCCUAAGACCCUCCCUCCAAGGCACUGUUUGGCAUCUUCGAUAAAAGCGAGCGCCACCUCUGGAGCUCAAGAUUGGCACCCCUGUUUCAAAAACGACACCCACCUGCCCACGCUGAAUUAAAAAGUGACGUGAGGGACUAAUGUACAUUUGUUAAAAAAUGUACGGCGAGAGAUAUGUACGGGUUACAUAAAAAAAAAACAGAAACCGAAAGGCUUGGAUCAGAGAUGGGGAAGCAUUUAUCCGGGCCCGGGGCCUGGAUUGGUUGCUGGGGUGGGGUGGGUGCACCCCAAACUGGCCAGGGCCACCCCACUGCCGUCAUGGGAUUGCCCCAUGUGAUUGCCCCGACCCCAUUCCCUGAUUAUGUUUCACUCAUCUUCUUUCCCCUUAAAAAGCCUCCACGGGUGCCUUCGGAGGCUGUCUCGAAGUCUAAAUGCAAAAGGGGAGACCGUUCAGCGACGCCCCCUCUCCCAAAAAUGCCCCCCCCCUUUGUAAUUAGGGUUUUUAAGAGCCUCCUUGUUGCCAGUGGAGGUUUUUUAUAAGCCUCAUUUGCAGCAGGGGACGGAGGAAAUCCCUCAUCACCGAUCUCUGUUGAGAGAUGAGGGCAGGGGCCGGAAGGGUCACCGUCUCUGGCUUAAACGUACCCCGUCUCCUCUGCCCCCACCCCCCACAAUUCCAAAUCGUAUACCUCAACAGCCCUCUGUUGCAACCUCCCCAGGAACCCUCAUUUUGGGCAGGUGAGGUGGGGGUAGGUGAGCGUGUGAUUUUGCACUUGGAAAAAUGCAGAGCCUGCUGGCACGUCCGACCGUUCUUGCUGAACCACGUGUGUGAUUCUCCUCCUCCUCCUCUCUAUGAAACAGUCCUUCUGAUGUACCUUUUAAAAGAAGCGUGCUUUAGGACAUUUGUACAGGUCUGUGUGUGUGUGUGUGUGUGUGUGUGUGUUUUAACCUUUUCGAAAACUGUUUAAUCUUUCCUAGCAAUGAUGUGCACACAUAAAGAAGAUGUACAGGCA